CAUCCUUCAUGAGCCUUGAGACACCAACAUGCAGUGCUUCACAAAUCUGCUCCUCAGGCACGUAAUUUGCAGCGGCUGCUUUGAUACUGCUUCAAAGAGGCAGUGCCUACAGUAUCUAAGAGCUCUGAGGACUCUGCAUCUUAAUGGUUUCAACACCAUUUUUUUAGGGGAAACAGAUAUUCCAGAGAGUCUUAUAUCAGGAGAAAAAAUAGCCGAGGAGGCCAGCCUGUGCUGGCUGGUAUGCACACUUGUUCACACUGGCAGCUGCCAAGGGUGGGUGCCCUGGAGGUACAAACUGCAAUUAAGAGGUGAACUGCCCAUCCAUCAGCAGAAUGGUGUCUUUCAGGAGUUGUGUGAAUCUUUGAGCAUGUUCUAUGGGAAGUGCAUAAUUGUGACGAGGGAUAAAACACAGCUGAUGCGUGGGGGGCAAAAGAUGGCAAGAGCCAGAGACAGGAACUCUGCUGCAGUACCACCAGUGAUCUAUGUGUCCAGCACUGAGUGCUGCCCUGAAGUUGCUAGAGCCAAUGGCCAUGAGUUUCUUGUUGUGCCUUCAUCUUACAAGUAUCUCUAUCCUAUGGAUGCCAUCUGGUCUUCUUUGAAAUGGUUUUUAAUUAUAAACAACAGGAAGGACUUUGCCCUGAGGUCUAUUGAGAGGACCCACUCCUAUAGGUGUAUCCUCUUCGGUGACAUGAUUGUUAAAGGAAUAGAGAAGAUGACCCCAAACAAAUGGAAGGUAGCAAUUAACAGAGUGAAGAGAUGGGAGAACUACUACCUUGACACACUUUCUUAAACAGUUCUUCCUGCAGUCAGGCUUCAAAUGUGUUUUGAUUGGUGUUGAAUGAGUUACCCUGCUUCAGCUCUGCUGAGCCCUUUCCUUCAAAGGUUGUAAACCUAAAAAACCAUGUCAAUAGCACUAAUAAAAGAGAUAAUUUUAAACCCAAAUCUUUCAUUUUAGCUGUAUUCCAGACUAGGU